AUGGCCUCCUUUCCCCUCUCAGGGACGCACUUGUCUGAAAGUUUAAUUAAUGCUGACAUUUUCAACAUAUCUAAUAUUCUUAAUGAGCCAGAGACAGAUUCUGCCAAUGAAGCAAUUAAUGAGGAAGAAAUUUCUGUUGUUGAACUUUUAUACGAGGUGCCCAAGCUAAGAAUUAUCUUCAUGAAUUUCUAA